CACUUGUUUUGCUUCUGCAGUGUUAUUUUCACUUAAAAAAGAAAACAUCUUUGGCAAUAAAUUUGAAGAAUUUCCUGAAACAUUUUUGCUUGUUAAGAUAUCCGUGGUGCAGUUUAACUCCAAGUCUAGAGGUAAUGUUGAUGUAGGUCUGAGUCUUUGCUUUCAAAUACAAUGAGCACACUGAAAGUCCUGCUGCCUGGUAAACUAAUAAACCCUGCUGGAUUUCUGCAGAAUAUUAGGAACGGAGACGUACUGGAGGUUAGACUUGAACGAAAAGGAGAACUCUUAUCAGUUGCUGGCACUAGUCAGAGGACUUCACUGUAUUUGUCCCCACAGUAUUUUUGUUCACAGAUACUCCAUAGAGCUGAAAACAGUCUUUAAUUGAAAGGUUUUCUCUGCAGUUCCAAAAACGUGUUGAAGUACAUUUGCAGAUCUUUAAAACGACACCAAUUACAGGAAAAUGUUUGUGCUGAGGAGAAACAGCUUUUUCCACUGACCAUGCUGCUGGGCCGUUUUUUUGGAGUGUGGAUCCCCUCAGGGGAGGAGCUUAACACUCUCAUGAUGCUAUUCCUGGGGUUCAGACCCAGGACCCUAAUGCUCAUGUCAAAUUUCAGACCACUUGCUUGUACAGAAGAAAAACAACGCACAAAGAAAGCCCUAAGUGAUGAUAUAUAAAAUGGCUUUGUGCUAUCCCUUGUGUUGCAUGCAUAGAAGGGAAUCCUUUUCUUUCUCAGGCUCAAGAGCACCCCUGUUUAUUUUUUCUCUUCUCCACUUUUCCUUGAAUUGCUUCCAUUAUGAAAGCAAUCGCUGCUUUUUCUUUUUAUAGGCUCUCUACUAACAGUUUAUUCAGUUCAUUAGCACAAUUGCUGCUUUUUGGGUUUCUGCUUUCCAAAAAAAAUUAUCUCAUCCCUCUGCAGAUGUCUGUAAUGUAAAUCAUCAGAACAAGGCUGGCUAUACCCCCAUCAUGCUUGCUGCGCUUGCAGCUGUGGAAGCAGAGAAGGACAUGAGAAUAGUGGAGGAACUGUUCAGCUGCGGGGACGUGAAUGCUAAAGCCAGCCAGGCUGGUCAGACUGCACUGAUGCUAGCUGUAAGUCAUGGGCGGAUAGACAUGGUUAAAGCUUUACUGGCCUGUGGUGCAGACGUCAAUAUCCAGGACGACGAGGGCUCGACAGCUCUGAUGUGUGCUAGUGAGCACGGACAUGUAGAGAUUGUCAAACUUCUGCUGGCUCAGCCUGGGUGUAAUGGCACCCUGGAGGACAAUGAUGGCAGCACAGCACUUUCAAUAGCCCUGGAAGCUGGACAUAAGGACAUAGCUGUUCUCCUUUAUGCCCAUGUCAACUUCUCCAAAACCCAGUCACCGGGCACACCUAGGCUUAGCAGAAGGACAUCUCCUGGUCCCACCCACAGAGCCACGUUUGAGUAGUAGUGCAUGAAUAUCUGUAAAAAUCUCUAUGCCAUCUUUAAGCUGCUAAAUGUUACUGUUUUAUUGAGACAGAUACUGAAUGUAAUUGUCUUGUGCCUGAACUCACCAGCAAAGUGAAAGCAGAGAUCUAGUGCUAAAGGUAGAAAACUGUAAACUUGAAGCAAGCAUAUAGUUAAGUAGUGUUCAGCUGAGAACCUUAGCCAGAACUGUUCUUUUGCUCACCUACUUGUCUUUCUAUACACUGGCAUAAAUCCUGGUUUUCUUUGCUAUAGAUUAUCCUUUCCUACGUUAUGUGCAGCCUAAGACUUCUAAAGCUAUCCAUGCAGGGGUGUCCCGGUGGCUUGUUUUUAAUCAUUCUAAAAUGUAUUUACUGUGCCUAGGUGUUAUUACAGUACCCUGUUCAUAAAUUUCAUUCCAACAUGAUUUUGAUGUUUUCAGUUACUUUAAAAUUCAGAGGUUGCAGUUGCUUAUAUAGUCAGCUCCGUGGAUCUUGAGCUGGUGGGUGAGUGGGUAGGUGUUGGGGAUUGCGCCUUUCAUCAGGUCUGAAGUUCACUAAAUAAGUUGUUGCUAAUUGGGGAUAAUGUGUAACUUUUUAUAUGAAAGAUACUAGUAUCUAUAAAAUUAACUAGUACAGUAUUUUCAACAUUUUAUAUUCCUUAAUAAUUAAAAACUACAUGAAGAAUUACAUGUCCUGUUACCAUAUUUUUAUUAACUGUGUCUAUAAGCUCAAUACAUGUUUAUUGGAGAGUAAAAUUAGAGGUACCAGCUGUAUAUUCUCCUUGAGUGGAAUUGAGCGUAGUUCUUGGUGCGUAUUUAUGGAAUGCUAUUACCUUGUCACAUUCACUUUAGUCAUGUGUAUUGAAAUGUUUGAAGUGCCUUAGACUCUUGCCAUAUUUUCAGAAUAAAAUUUCAUUAUGCUGUUUUACUC